AUGUCUACUGACUUUUAUAUACGAUAUUACGUUGGGCACAAGGGUAAAUUCGGUCAUGAAUUUUUGGAAUUUGAAUUUCGUCCCGAUGGUAAACUUCGGUAUGCUAAUAACUCAAACUAUAAAAAUGAUACAAUGAUACGAAAAGAAGCUUAUGUGCAUGCGUGCGUGAUGGAGGAACUUAAAAGAAUUAUUGUUGAUUCGGAAAUAAUGCAUGAAGAUGAUCGUCUAUGGCCACAACCUGAUCGUGUAGGUAGACAAGAGCUGGAGAUAGUCAUUGGUGAAGAACAUAUUUCAUUUACUACAUCGAAAACAGGAUCUUUGGUAGAUGUUAACCAAUCUCGUGAUCCUGAAGGUCUGCGGUGUUUCUACUACUUGGUGCAAGAUCUCAAGUGUCUAGUAUUUUCUCUAAUUGGACUUCAUUUUAAGAUUAAACCGAUAUAG